ACAGAACCCGGAAAAGAAGGCGCAGCAGUUUUCCUGCGACAGCUCCGGUCUCAGCUGACUGUCUCCUGAAAAUAUUGGAGGGAGAGUUACACAUGAAGGAGGUCGCUUUUGUCUUACGCGAAUAGUAAGCGCUUCCGAAUCAGUCAACGACCGCCUGUUGCAUCAGUUUGUUUUGGUUCCGAAGCCGCCGCCAUGAAUGUGACGCUGGCCGUGAAGCAGUACAUCUCGAAGAUGAUCGAGAGCAGCGGGCCAGGGAUGAAGGUUCUGCUCAUGGACAAGGAGACUACCAGCAUCGUGAGUGUAGUCUACACCCAGUCGGAGAUCCUGCAGAAGGAAGUGUACCUCUUCGAACGCAUCGACUCUCAAAACAGGGAGAGCAUGAAGCACCUAAAGGCCAUCUGUUACCUGCGACCCACCAAAGAGAAUGUGGAGCAUCUCAUCCACGAGCUGCGUAACCCAAAGUACAGUGUCUACUUCAUCUACUUCAGCAACGUGAUCAGUAAGAGUGAGGUCAAAGCUCUGGCAGAGGCGGAUGAGCAGGAAGUGGUGGCUGAAGUGCAGGAGUUUUAUGGAGACUUCAUAGCUGUCAACCCUCACCUGUUCUCGCUGAACCUGCAGGGCGUUUCCAAAGGUCGCAGCUGGGAUCCGUCCAUGCUGCACCGCUGCACCCAGGGUCUCACAUCAGUCCUACUCGCCCUUAAGAAAUGCCCCAUGAUCCGCUACCAACUCUCCUCUGAUAUGUCAAAACGUCUGGCUGAGAGUGUGAAGCAGAUCAUCACGAAAGAGUAUGAGCUGUUUGACUUUAGGAAGACUGAAGUGCCGCCUCUUCUGCUCAUUCUGGAUCGCAGCGAUGACUCAAUCACUCCUCUUCUUAACCAGUGGACCUACCAAGCUAUGGUUCAUGAGCUGCUGGGCCUCAACAACAACCGUAUCGACCUUUCAAGAGUUCCUGGUAUCAACAAAGAUCUACGUGAGGUGGUGCUGUCCGCAGAGAACGAUGAAUUUUAUGCCAAUAACUUGUAUUUGAACUUUGGUGAAAUCGGCACAAACAUCAAGAAUCUAAUGGAGGAUUUUCAGAAGAAAAGGCCAAAGGGUCAACAGAAGCUGGAGUCCAUCUCCGACAUGAAGGCCUUUGUUGACAACUACCCCCAGUUUAAGAAGAUGUCAGGAACCGUCUCAAAACACGUGACGGUUGUUGGUGAGCUGUCUCGUCUGGUUGCGGAGCGACAACUGAUGGAGGUUUCAGAGGUGGAGCAGGAGCUUGCCUGCCAGAACGACCAUUCCAGUGCUCAGCAGAAUGUGCGUCGCCUCCUGCAGAACCCACGUCUGUCUGACUUGGACGCUGUGCGACUUGUCAUUCUGUACGCUCUAAGAUAUGAGAGACACAGCAACAGCAUCCUGCCUGCAUUGAUGGAGGAGCUGAGCAGAAAAGGAGUGUCAGAGCGACUCAGGAAGAUGGUUCAGUGUGUGGUGGAGUACGGCGGGAAGCGGGUCCGAGGAAGCGACCUCAUCACGCCUACUGAUGCCGUGGCUAUCACCAAGCAGUUCUUCAAAGGCCUUAAAGGAGUGGAGAACGUUUACACGCAGCAUCAGCCACUACUGCAUGACACCGUGGAUCAGCUCAUCAAAGGUCGGCUCAAGGACAGUCAGUUCCCGUAUUUAGGAGCGAGCACCCUCCGAGACCGACCGCAGGACAUCAUCGUCUUCAUCAUCGGCGGGGCCACAUACGAAGAGGCGCUGACCGUCUACAACCUGAACCGAAGCACUCCAGGAGUCCGCAUCGUCCUGGGAGGAAGCAGCAUCCACAACACCAGGAGUUUUCUGGAGGAAGUGAUGUCAUCGACAGGUCACAGUGGUGACAGGGCCCUUGCCAGUGGUCGCUAUAGCAACAGACGCUGAUGACCAACAUUUCUUUGGCACAGUCCUUCAUGUCCCAUGUUUAGUUUCUCUUCACAAUCUACUCUUGAAAGCCUGUUUUUGUCAAUAACUUAAGACUGUGUCAGUGAUGUCCGUUGUUCUUAUGUGAAAAGAAUAUUUACCACACUGAAGAGCUUUUGCUGACAUGACGUACCAACGAAACCUCCCUGUUUUCAUUUAAAUCACAUUAUUGUAACCUGAACAAAAUGAGGUCACAUGAUGCAUUUAGUGUAUAUAAGUACUAUUAAGACUAAAAUACAUGAGGAACACUGAACAAUAAUGUGCGCUAUUAUUGCAGUCAAUCAAUUAUGGUGCAAAGUGUAUAGUGUCCUAUCUAAUCACAUUGAGAUUGUGUUGAAUGGCUACAAGCUUCUGACAUAGAUGUAUGUCAUUUGCGAUAAUGAGGAGUGGUUAAAUAUAAAUAUCUGAGUAUACUGUUUGCAACUGCUGCUUGUAUACCAUUCCAUUUGAAUUCCUGCUGUGUGUAUAACAACAUAAUUGCAGCACCAUUGAAACAGUACAUUAAAUAAACUAUAGAUAUGUUAUUUUGGACAAAAAAAUUACUUUGAAGAGGAAUUGUGUUGCUGCUUCAAAUACACAUCUAAUACUGCAAUUAUGAUUGCUAUAGCAACUAUUUCAUAUGCUGACUGCAGAACAGUUUCUUUUCCCUCUCCAAAAGCUGUGAUGUCUGUGAAAUGUAGCUCCUGUCCAAUUCUGUUCUCAUAAAUAAAAUAUGC